AUUGAAUUAUAAAGCAGCAUUUUUUAAGAAUAACGCUAAGUACGUUUGUUAGGGUAUAUAUUCGUUAGCCAUGAUGGAUUCCAGAGAUGAAGUUGUCUUAGCUUUGACAGAUGAUAUGGAUACCGGAUCAUCUUCGGACGGACCUCAUAACCCAUCAACACGACGCUCAGCUGUAAUCGGUCAUUUCCUAUUUCGUUCUUCUGCUUUGAUUAUAUAUAUACUAUGUGCUUGGUUUACAACAUCUUUCGUUCUUCCGUUCAUCUUCAUACUUGUUUGCUUAUCACUCGAUUUUUGGGUUGUAAAAAAUAUUUCUGGGCGAAUCUUAGUUGGUUUACGUUGGUCAAGUUAUACUGAUGACGCCGGAGUGGUACAUUGGCGAUACGAUUCACGUAAACCUUCACCUAUAGAUUCUGCUGAUGUUUCUUCUCUUAGUCGACGUGAAUUAGCCGCUCGUAUGGCUAGACAACAAUUAUCUCGUUUAUUUUGGAUUGGUUUAAUUGCAAGCCCAGCAAUAUGGUGUUUAUUUUUCUUGGCGUCAAUAUUUUCAUUGCAUAUUCGUUGGGCUUUUAUCUGUACCAUCGCUUUGUGUAUGAAUAUAGCAAAUGUUUAUGGUUAUAUUCGUUGUUGGAUGUCUAAUAUGAAUGAAAGUGAAUCAAAUAUUUUGAAAGUAAUCAAAUCUACAGCAACUAGCAAAAUGUCUAAUUUAUGGCCUUUAUCUCAAACUAAAUCCAGUUUAAAUAACACAUCUGGAAGUAGUGGUCUACCACUAGUUGCCUAACAAAAACAAACAAACACACAUCUCAUGUAUUCCUCUAUACAUAAUGUAAAAAGAAAAAGAGACUAAGUAAAUGUGUUAUAAUUUUGUUUAACUGUGAUAUAACCACAAAAUUGCACAUUAUUUCUGAUUAUACAUCUUACACUUCUCAUUUUAUCAAAUAUUUAAUAUCAUAAAAGGAAAAGAAAAAACUAUGGUCUAAAUGUAAUGUCAAACACAUAGGUACUUGAAGAAAGAAAACAGAGUAUAUUUUCUAUUGAGAUUAAUAUAAUCAAUUGUUUCAAUUGUGUGAGAUGAAUUCAAUUUUUAAUAUUGCUUAUUGUAUAUGUUUCUUAAAUAAAUAAAAAUUUACUUAGUUACAGGAAGAAAAAAUAUUCAUCAGUCUUUUAAAGGUAAAGUACUUCAUUCAGUCAAUAGGAUUGAUAAACAAUCUAUAUGUUAGUGAUUUUUUGAUGAUGCAAAUUUUCUUUUUAAUUUCAAAUUAUUGAUAUGAUUAUUUCCAGUCUAUUUGUAUUUGGGUUUUCAUGUAACAAGUGUUUAUUUUUGCUCUCU